CCUUACUACAUAUCCAACGGCGCGUGAAAACUCCCCCGUUAGUUUGGUCACAGGACAAGCAAGGUGCGCGGUGGACAAUCGGGGCCCCCGUGAAAUACGCGCUUUUGAGAGAAGCAUGGUGCAAAAAUAAUGAUCUCCAAACUUGUUCCUUUCAGAUCCGGUGCCGACGACUAGGACAAACAGUCACAGACACCUACAUGUACACAUCAUUCAGUUUAGUGGGCUGAGGAUUAUGGAUGUGAUCGUCGGUGCGAGAUCCUGAUCGCAGGCUUUUUCGGCUCCUUUUUAUUUUCAACCGGAGGAACUCUAUAUAGGCCUAUUGAGAAUUCAUCUACCGAUCUGGAAUCGAUUUUGUUGCAACGCCACUAAGUGCAAUCAACGGAAUACUGAAAAUUUGAGCUGCAUCUCACCGAUAGUCAACUUUGGGAUAUGAUAUUUGGAUCGAGGAGGUAGUGACUCUUCGUGGACCCAUACGGACUUUGCCUACAUCCCAAGGAUGUCGUGGAAACUUAUCUGUGUGUUGUUUUUGUGGUUGGCGCUCAAAGGAAUUCCGUGUUCAGCCAAGGGAAAUCCAGGCAGGCCUCUGUUUACUAACGGUUUUCACUCGGCACUAGGAGGACGCACUAAAUACCCCUUUUAUAGUCACGGAAGGCCUACAAGCCGCUGGCGACCCUCAACCCAGUACACGACCCGAUGGCAGCCAGGCACAAGACCGACUGUGACUACGACAGGAGCAACCUGCAGGUAUGGUCGCCGCUUCGGAUGCUGCUAUGGCUGGAAGAGGGACGUGUAUGGACGCUGCCAACCUAUCUGUGAGAGGCCGUGUGUGCAUGGAACCUGUAUCGGCAACAACCAGUGCCAGUGCGAGCCGGGGUACCGGGGUCGAACAUGUGCUAAAGACGUCAACGAGUGCAGUAGUCGGCCUUGUCAACACCGUUGUAUGAACACCAUGGGUAGUUACAGGUGUUACUGCGAGGAGGGUUUCACACUCCGAGAUGAUAAGAGCACUUGCACGUAUGACUGGCGAUGUGAGUCUAUGCACUGUUCCUACGGAUGCCAGGAACGAGGGCGCUAUAACGUCAUGUGCAUUUGCCCCGAGGGUAUGCGACUCGCACAGAACGGCUACAGCUGUGUAGACAUAAACGAGUGCGCAGAGUUCCCGUCGAUCUGUCCAUUGGACAAAAGAUGUCACAACACGUACGGCAGCCACAUGUGCUUGUGCAAGGUGGGCUUAAGUUACCAGUUCAUCGAAGGAAAAUACCAGUGCGCAGAUGAAAAUGAGUGCGCCACCAGGCGUCACAACUGCCACCCGGAUGCCAUCUGCAAGAACAAGGUGCGAGGCUUCACGUGUGAGUGCCAGCCGGGGUUCGCAGGAAACGGCACUCUCUGCAUCCCAGUAGAUCCAAGGACGUGUGUCAACGACCCUUGCUACCCCAGUGUGACCUGCACGGACCGGAACAUCAACCCAAACAGCAUCGAGUACGUCCCGGACGGCUCGGGAUUGAUUACGCUGUUCAACUGUGGUCCUUGCCCCGAAGGGUUUAUCGGAGACGGUGUCACGUGUCAAAAAUUACCACCACAAGUUAUUGUGCUGACAACAAGUGCACCAACUCCUCAAGAGAAGAUUUUGUCUACAACGCAGCCUACAACGAAAAUUAUGCUUACCACCACCACACCGACAACAGUGCCACCAACAACAAGUUUAGCGACUACAGCACCGCCAACCACAACGGUAACAACGACGGCGCCACCUACGACCACAGUUACAACAACAUUGCCGCCCACGACCACGGUUACAACAGCUCCACCGACCACAUCAACAGCGCCACCAACUACUGUCACCACCACAAAUCCUCCCACAACAACUACGAAACCUACAACAACAAAGAAGACAACUUCUGGACGUGAGGACUUGCCUCAAAGAGAGCAGCCGCCCGUCAGCGUCUCCACAACCGCCCGCAUGAAGAAUCCCAAAACAACCAAGCCGACCCCGGCUAUCACGACGCAACUCACAACCACUGCAACAACCACAGUCACAACAACGCCUCCCACCACACCUCCCACCACGCCUCCUACCACGACUCCCCAAACGACAACGCCUCCUACAACCACUCCCCCGACAACAACUCAGCCCACAACGACGGUACCAACGACCACGACGGAACCACCGACCACCACGCCCCCACUGCCGGCGGUCUUGAUUACUACGGUGGACAAAGACGCCGCCAAGGCCAUCUUACCGGAGGUGGGAAUCCGGUUAAUGAUACCCGGAGAAACUGAAAAUGCAACUAGGCUACUCGAAAACGGAACCACGGGCGUGGAUGGCACGCUGAAGAUCAUUAUCCCAGAGGACACACCUGUUAUCAUCACUGCCAGACGGGAAGGCUUCCUGGACACCUCCUAUGUUUACAGAUUCAAACCAGAACAAAAAAACAUCUUGACGAUUGAGAUGAGCCAACCGGAAGCGCAGAGGGCGUGGUCAUGGAAGUCAGGCUACUACAAGCGAUUCACGUAUGGCGACCAACAUGACGUCGCCAAGCAGUACCGGGUUGAAAUAGCGCCAGGUGCCCUUGAUGUUAUCGAGGGGGCUGAGGUCACAAUGCGAUUUUCACCUGUGGACAUGGCGGACAAGGAACGAGCUGCCCACGUGCCCGAACUGAUCGCUGCGGUGCGCAACAAAAACGGAGGGUAUGACAUGGAGGGCUUAGAGGUGUACGCCAUGGUUGAAGCGUCGAUCGUUGAGACUUACACCAAUAAUCCGGUAGGCGUUCUUUUGCCAGUCAUGAUUGAGAUCCCUCUGCCGGAAGAUUUGACUGACGCACGGCACGGACAGCAGAUCGACGCCUGGUACUUCAACGCAGAAACAGGUGUGUGGAUGAAGGCAGGCAAGGGACAGGUGGAGUAUUACCGGGGAGGGGUGAUGAUCUGGCGGUACGGGGCGCGCCACUUCACCUGGUGGGCCGUUGGCCGGACCUUCCCGGAGACCAACUGUGUGGUUGUCAGCACCUGCUCCGACUCGGCUUGCAACGAGCCUAUCCCCGAUGUUCCAGUCAGGCUAACGGGGGUGGAUUUCUUCUUCACCUCCUCGAAAGUCACGGACGAGAAUGGCCGGACCUGCUUCCACUUCAAGCGGCAAGGCCAGGUCCGGAUUGACUCGCCCUGCAUCGAGCGAGUCAAGUACUCCCAGGGCCGGGGCAAACCGUCCAUGUGCCCAGCAGACAUGAGCAUUGAGGUCAUCCAAACGCAAGCCAGUAACACCAUUGAUAGCUGCGCAUCGGUGCGACUUGUAACACACCGGGGCGCCAAAACCACUUGUGAGGACCCAGGGUCUCCACUGGGUGCCAUCGUGUUGGGCAGCGACUACACCUACGGCGGUCAGGUCACCUACUACUGCGGCCCGUCGUCCUACAUGGUCGGCGCCCCGCGGCGGGUCUGCCUAGACUGCGGCCAGUGGGGUGGCUCCAACCCCACUUGCGAGUUCCUCAACGUCGGGGAGAGGCUCAACUACGAGUACCCAUCCGAGAAGCCGUUCUCCCAGGCCGCCCAGGCCGCCACCACCACCGAGGUGACCACCAAAACUGUCCAGCCAAACCGAGGUAGGACCAGGAAGAGAAAGAGGAGGAGACGACUGAGAACCAGGAGAUCAGUGACGCGUUCACUGUGAGGUUAAAUGGUUUUGUAGAUUCUAGUAUAACGUAGACUCAGUCGUCAAGGCACUCUUCCUCACCAUUGGAAUGUUCAGAAAGCUGAUUUAGGGUGGUUUCCAAUACUUGGCUUUGUUUCGUCUCUUUGUUUGCCUGUUUGUAAAUCCACACACUUUGAAAUUGCUAGCUCAAUGGGUAGUUGCCACUGGAACAUCAGACCGUAUGUCGUAGACCCAACAACGAAAGUACUGGAGUAUCACGAAGCCUUAGCCGGAACGAAGCUAUGUACUGGAGAAAAAAACUCUCCAGUUUUGAUUUAUUUGGCUACAGCGCCCUCUGAGCGAAGUGUCAAGAAAGACACAAACCAGAAACAGUCAGUCUUUGCGAAGUAAAGUUUGGGCCAGUGAGAAUGAGUUACGUGGAGCUCUUAUA